AUGUCGAGCAUACCGAGCCAUGUCUUAGUCACUGGCGCUACAGGAUUCAUUGGUGCGCACGUCGUAGACGUUCUCCUGUCCCGGGGACUCAGGGUCCGCGGGGCCACCCGAUCUCUGGCCAAAGGGAAUGCAAUGAUAAAAGAUCGGCCCGAGUACGCCGGCAAGCUCGACUUUGUCCGAAUUGACGACUUUGAGAAACUUGGGGUCUUCUCCGAGGCCGUCAAAGAUGUCGAUGCCGUGGUUCACGUCGCCAGUCCAUUUACCUACGACACCAAGAAUAACGAAAAGGAACUUAUUAUACCAGCUAUCAACGGAGUGCGUUCUAUUCUCGAAGCAGCCGUCACCAACCCCAAUAUUACUCGAGUAGUAAUCACUUCCUCCUUCGCUUCCGUCCUCGAUGUCAACCGCGAAGCGCCACCAUACUUUACAUACACGGGUGAAGAUUGGAACCCCUUGACCUACGAAGAGGCCGCAUCUCCGAAAACAAGCGCCGUAGUUGCCUAUCGAGGUUCCAAGAAAUUCGCUGAAAAAGCCGCAUGGGACUUUAUAAAAGAACACAACCCCCGCUUCGAUAUCGUAACGCUGUGUCCGCCAAUGACGUUCGGUCCCGUGGUCCACCCAGUAAGCAACGCCGACAAAUUGAACGAGUCAAACGCAAUGCUUUGGAAAAUUGCAACCGGACAAAAGCCUCUGCCCGUUGCUCGGGUUCCGUUCUGGAUCGAUGUCAGAGAUCUCGCGGUGGCGCACGCGGAAUCGCUCUUUAGACCGGAGUUGGGUAACAGGAGGUUCGUUCCGGCCGCUAAGGAUCGUUUUUCAUAUGGUUUAGCUGCCAAGAUCAUUGAGGACAACUUUUAUUGGGCCAAGGGCAAGGUUGCGCGGGAGGAACAAGCGAUCGACACUUCGCAUGGGCUAGAUGGGGAAACGGCGGCGAGAGAGCUUGGCUUCGAGUACCGAACUUUUGAUCAAACGGUCGUCGACCUCAUUGACCAGGUUACGAAAAUGGAAGGCGGCGCAGUAUGA